AUUCAUUUCACUGAAAUCAUAAACACAAAUGGGCCUAAAGGAAUGAGGGUAUUUAAUGUAUUCAUCCAGGAAGAAAAGGUCCUAUCAGACUUCGAUAUCUUUGCGGUUGUUGGAGCCAAUAAGCCCUUACAAUUAGUUGAUUCAAGGGUCUCUGUGAAGGAGGAUGGAGUAGUUGUGAUAAGAUUUGAAGGGGUUAAUGGAAGCCCCGUCGUUAGUGGAAUUGGAAUUAGGAGAGCACCAAAUGUUUCAGUUCCAAAGCUGGUGGUGGAACACUUUAAAUGUAACAACUGUGAUGCUGAAAUAGAAGUUCCUUCAGCUCAGAUGAAAUUAAUGCAAACAAAGUCCACUGCCAAAUAUGAGAAGAAGAUACAAGAGCUUACCACUCAGUGCCAACUUAAAACAAAAGAAUGCUAUGAGGCAUGGAUGUCUUUGACUGCAGCAAAUGAGGAGCUGGACAAGGUCAUGAUGGAUCUUGACAAUGUGACAUUUAGGACACUGUCUCAAG